AUGAAUAAAAAAACUUUUUCAUGUGAAGGAAAUGAUGAUAUUUCUUUUUCUUUUAGACAAAAGAUAGAACAAAUUCUUCAUGUUCAUCCAGAAAAGUAUAGAGCAAGAGGUGGUGUAGGUUCUAGGAGAAGUACUCCUGGCAAAAGGGGUUCAUAUGAUGAUAGACUUCAUGUUAGAUCAGCAUCUGAAGAGUUAAGACAAAGGUCAUUACAAUCAUCAUCAUCAGACUCACCAUCCAUUAAUGACUCAAAUAAUUCUAAACAACUAGAAGAAUUAUCAAUCCCAAUACCAGUAGAGUGCAUAAAUAGUGGAGUUAACAAAAGUAAUGAUAGUGAAUAUCGGAAUCCAUUAACAUCUCACCAUAAUCAUAUACCAGAUAAUGGUGAUAUUAAAUGGAAAAAUGAGGAAGUUAUAACAAUAAAUGUAUCUGGAUUAAGAUUUCAAACAUAUGAGAGUACAUUAGCACGAUUUCCUAACUCACUUUUAGGUCAUCCAGCUAAAAGAGCAAAAUAUUGGAAUAAUAAAACAAAAGAAUAUUUUUUAGAUCAUAGUAGAUAUUGUUUUGAAAGUAUUUUAAAUAUUUAUCAAACAAAUGGGGAUGUUCGAAGACCAGAAUUAGUUCCAUUAGAAAUAUAUUUAAAAGAAUUAAAAUUUUAUGAAAUGAAUGAAGAGGUAAUGGAAAAUUUUUGGUUAUCAGAAGGUUAUGAAAAACCUAUUGAACAUAUCAUGCCAAAUAAUUUUAUACAAAAAUAUAUAUGGGAAUUAAUGGAAUAUCCAGAUUCAUCAGUACCAGCACGUGUUUUAGCUUUUAUAUCAAUAUCAGUUAUUGUUACAAGUAUUGUUAGUUUUUGUUUAGAAACACUUCCAGAUUUUAGAGAAGCAUCAGAGACACUUACAGAGAUAGGAUAUUCUAAAUGGAAUAAUCCAUUUCUUAUCCUUGAAUCACUUUGUAUUGUAUGGUUUUCAAUAGAAUUAUUUUUAAGAUUUAUUUCCUGUCCAUCUAAAUCACUUUUUAUGAAAUCAUUUCUAAAUAUUGUAGAUUUUAUUGCAAUAGCACCAUUCUUUAUUAAUCUUAUUUUGUCUGAAGGAAAUAAAAAUAAUUCAUCAACAACAUCAUUUGCUGUUUUACGUGUCUUAAGAUUAGUACGCGUUUUUAGAAUAUUUAAACUUAGCAGACAUUCUGUUGGAUUACAAAUACUGGGUAAAACAUUUCGUGCAUCAAUUCAAGAAUUUUGUUUACUUGUUUUUUUUAUGGUGAUAGCAUUAGUAUUAUUUAGUUCAGCAAUAUUUUAUGUUGAACAGGGUGAAGCAGAUACAAGAUUUACUUCUAUACCAGCAUCAUUUUGGUUUGUUGUAGCUACUAUGACAACGGUUGGAUAUGGUGAUUUAGUUCCUACAGGAACUUAUGGUAAAUUAGUUGGAUCUCUUUGUGCAUUACUUGGUGUAUUAACUUUAGCAUUACCUGUUCCUAUAAUUGUUGCAAAUUUUAAACAUUUUUAUAGACAAGAAUGUAGGCUAGCAGCAAUGAGAGUAUCAAGAGAGAUAGAUGAUGCUUCUAGGUAUAAUGAAUCUGAUGAGGAAUACACUACCUGA